CUCGUCCCGGGAGGCGCCGCCGAGGGGCCGCGGGGACGGGGAAGACGCUCGCCCUCCCUCUUUCUUUCCGGCCCUCCGUCCGCGGUGUAAAUGAGCCAGGAUGGAUCAGGAAGGUGGGGGAGACGGGCAGAAGCCCCCGAACUUCCAGUGGCGCAACUACAAGCUCAUCGUAGACCCCGCCCUGCGCCGGGCCCCCCAGAAAGUGUACCGCUACGACGGGGUCCACUUCAGCGUCAACGAUGCAGGAUAUACACCGGUCGGGGACCUCCGAGACCCCCGUCACCGAGUCAUCUGGUCCAAAAACAGGGACCUUUCCUUCCCAGUGCCCAAGUUUAAGCUGGACGAGUUCUACAUCGGUCAGAUCCCGCUGAAGGAGGUGACCUUUGCCCGGCUUAACGACAACAUACGGGAGACUUUCCUGAAAGACAUGUGCCGCAAGUACGGGGAGGUGGAGGAGGUGGAGAUCCUGCUGCAUCCCCGGACCCGCAAGCACCUGGGCCUGGCCCGCGUCCUCUUCACCAGCACCCGGGGCGCCAAGGAAACCGUCAAACAUCUCCACCACACCUCAGUCAUGGGCAACAUCAUCCACGCCCAGCUGGACAUUAAAGGUCAGCAGCGGAUGAAAUACUACGAGUUGAUCGUCAAUGGCUCUUACACCCCCCAGACGGUGCCCACCGGGGGCAAAGCCCUGACCGAGAAGUUCCAGGGCUCGGGAGCUGAGACGACGGAGUCCCGCCGCCGCCCCUCGUCUGAUUCGACCUACCCAGCGGGCACUGCAGUGCCAGUCACCCCUGGCAACGGCACCCCCUGCUCCCAGGACACAGCCUACUCCAGUGGCCGGCAGGACACUCCCUCUUCCUAUGGCCAGUUCACCCCUCAGUCUUCCCAGGGCACCCCCUACACUUCCCGGGGCAGCACCCCCUAUUCCCAAGACUCUGCCUAUUCCAGCAGACAAGGGACUCCCGGUUACUCCAGCUUCCACCCAGAUUCCUCUUCUUCCACCGCCACCUCUUCCUCGACCUCCUCCUCCACCUCCUCGUCGUCGUCCUCCUCCUUUAAGUCUCGGCGUUCGGAGAACAGCUAUCCGGAUUCCUAUUCCCGACGCCACUUUUCCUCUUCCGCCGCCCCCUCUUCCGCCACCUCAUCGUCGUCGUCCUCGUCCUCCUCGUCCUCCUCGUCCUCGUCGUCCUCGUCCUCCUCCCAUUACCGCGGCUCAGACUCCCACUACCCGACGUACUUCGAAGGGAGCGGCCGCUAUCAGCGCCUGGCCUCCUACCCGCCCCGCCGGGCCCCCCGGGAGGAGCCCCCGGCGACUCCCUUCCCCGAAAGCUCGGCGGAGCACUUCCCCCCGGCCUCCUACGCCUCCUACCUGCCCCCCGAGCCCGGCCGGUCAAGCGACCAGGAAUACAGGCCCGCCGCUGCCCCCGAAGCCCCGCCCCCGGAGCCUCCCGAACCUGGCGGGGGCCGGGGCUCCAGUCCCGAGCCGGAGGAAGCCAGGAGCUCCCCCCGCCCGGCCUCCCCGCCUCGCUCGGGCUCGCCGGCCCCCGAGAUCACCAACGAGAGCGUGCCCUUUGCACAGCACAGCAGCCUGGACUCCCGCAUUGAAAUGCUGCUGAAGGAGCAGCGAUCCAAAUUCUCCUUCCUGGCCUUGGACCCGGAAGAGGAGGACCAUGGGGCCGGUGGGGCCGCGGGGGUCAGGGAGGCCGGAGGCGAGGCCUCCCAGGGGCCGCCCCACGGGCCCUGUACCCCGCCGCCGCCCCCUGCCAACUUUGAGGACGUGGUGCCCGCCGGGAGCGCCGACCCGGGAGCGGCCGGCAGCGAGACCCCCAAGGCCAACGGCGGCCAGGACCAGGCGUCCCCCCAGCACUCCUCCGGCGAGGACAUGGAGAUCUCCGACGACGACGGGGGCGGGUCGCCCCCGCAGCAGCCGCCACCCCCGCCUCCGCCCCCGCCCCCCUUCCUGGCCCCCCUGCCCCUGGGCUACCCCCACCAGCCCGCCUACCUCCUUCCGCCCCGACCCGAAGGACCCCUGCCUCCCGAAUACCCCCCGCCCCCUCCUCCGCCCCCGCACAUCUAUGACUUCGUCAACUCCUUGGAGCUGAUGGAUCGGCUGGGGGCUCAGUGGGGCGGGAUGCCCAUGUCCUUCCAGAUGCAGACUCAGAUGUUGACCCGGCUGCAUCAGCUGCGGCAGGGUAAAGGGGUGGCGGCGGCCGCCGCCGCCCCUCCCGGCGGGAGUUUCGGGGAGCCCUUCCCGCCCUUCCCUCCGCCCCAAGAAGUGGCCUACGCUCUGCCCUACGCCCUGUACGCCCCUGGACCGGAGGGCCGGGGGGGCUACGGCCGCGAGGCCUACCCCCUGCCCCUGCUGGCCGAGCCCCUGGCCUCUUCCUCGGUCUCGGGGGAGGAGGAGCGCGCACCCCCCGGGGAGGGGACCGAGCCUGCCGAAGGAAAGGCGCCCCCUCCCACCGGCACCGUGGGCAGGGUCCUGGCCACCUUGGUGCAGGAGAUGAAGAGCAUCAUGCAGCGGGACCUCAACCGCAAGAUGGUGGAGAACGUGGCGUUCGGCGCCUUCGACCAGUGGUGGGAGAGCAAGGAGGAGAAGGCCAAGCCUUUCCAGAACGCGGCCAAACAGCAGGCCAAGGAGGAGGAGAAGGAGAAGACCAAGCUGAAGGAGCCGGGGCUGCUCUCCCUGGUGGACUGGGCCAAGAGCGGAGGCGCCAUGGGCCUGGAGGGUUUCGGCUUUGGGACCGGCUUGCGGGGAGCCCUGCGUCUGCCCUCUUUCAAGGUCAAGCGGAAAGAGCCGUCGGAACUUUCCGAGGCCAGCGAGGAAAAGCGACCCCGGCCCUCCACCCCGGCCGAGGAGGAUGAGGACGACCCGGAACGAGACAAGGAGGUCGUCGGAGAGCUGGGCCGCCCGGGGGUCAAGGCACCAAAGCGCGAUGAAGAGCGAGGCAAGGCCCCGGGCAAGCACCGGAAAGCUUUUGCUCUGGACAGCGAGGGAGAGGAGGCGUCUCAGGAGUCAUCCUCCGAAAAGGAGGAAGAUGAAGAAGAUGAGAACGAAGAGGAUGAAGAUGAGCGGGCUGAGGAUAUGGCAACCAGUAAGAAGAAGGCGGCGGUGUCCGAUGGUGAAGAUGAAGAGACGGAUUCUUCCAAGUUCUCUCUGUAUGCCGAGUCAGAGGGUGAAAGUGACAGCACCUCAGACUCUGAAAGCAGCAGCUCCUCCAGCUCAUCCUCAUCAGCCUCGACCACUUCCUCCUCUUCAUCUUCAUCCUCCUCUUCCUCCUCGUCCUCCGAAGAUGAGGAGGAAGAGGAAGAGGAGGAGGAGGAGGUGACGGUGGAGCCGUCAGCUCUAUCGCCUCCCCGGGAAGCCCCACCGGUUGCCUCGGUCCCGAAGGAGGAGGAGGUGCCGGAGCCGGAGAAAGCCACAGUGGCCCCUGACGCCCUCGUGGCUGAGCCGGAGAAGACCCCGCCGAAGCCUCCGGGACCCACCGAGGAACCCCCUCCUGAGACCCCCCAGCUCCUCCCAGAGCAGAAACCAGCCGCCCCUCCAACCUGCCCCGUCCCGGCCCCGGCCCCGGCCCCGGCCCCCGCCCCGGCCCCCCGCCCGGAGGAGCGGCCUUCCUCGCCCAUCCCGCUCCUCCCCCCACCCAAGAAGCGCCGGAAAACAAUCUCCUUCUCGGCCUCGGAAGAGCCGCUGGUCCGGGAGGCUCCCCCUGCUCCCCCGCCCCCAGUCAAGACCCUGAGCUCCCUCCCUCGGAAAGCCCCUCGGGGCGGGGAGAGGACCAUCCGCAACCUGCCCCUGGAUCACGCCUCCCUGGUCAAGAGCUGGCCGGACGACGGGCCCCGGGGGCCCCGGGCCAGGGGCAAGUGGCGCCCGGCGGAGGAUGACGACGACGGCGGGUCCGGCGCCGAGGUGGACCUCACUGUCCUGGCAGACUUGGCCCUGACCCCCGCCGUCCCCGCCCCGGCACGAAGGGGAACGGUCGCCGCCGCCCCCGUGGCGCCGGGCGACGACUCUCAGCCCGUGGAGACCUCAGGGGAGGCGGAGAGGCCGGGGCCGCCCGCCCCGCAGCUUCACUCCGUCCUCCUGGAGCACAACUACGCCCUCGCCCUCCGGCCCACGCCUCCGGCGGCCCGGACCCCGGACCCCGUGCCCAGCCCCGCCUUGGCCACCGCCAUCUUCAGCUCUCCAGUGGACGAGGUCCUGGAGGCCCCCGAGGUGGUGGUGGCCGGGGCGGAGGAGCGGGAGCAGGAGGAAGAAGAGGAGGAGGAGGAGGAAGAGGAGUCGGAGUCGUCGGAGAGCAGCAGCAGCAGUGACGGGGAAGGGGCCCUGCGCCGCCGGAGCCUGCGCUCCCACGCCCGCCGCCGGAGACCCUCCGGGCCCCCUCCCCCGCCGCCUCCGCCGCCCCCCAGCUACGAGGCCCGCAGCGAGUUCGAGCAGAUGACCAUCCUGUACGACAUCUGGAACUCGGGGCUGGACGCCGAGGACAUGGGCUACCUGCGCCUCACCUACGAGCGGCUGCUGCAGCAGGACAGCGGGACCGACUGGCUCAACGACACCCACUGGGUCCACCACACCAUCACCAACCUGAGCACGCCCAAGCGGAAGCGGAGGGCCCCGGACGGGCCCCGGGAGCACCAGACGGGCUCGGCGCGGAGCGAGGGCUAUUACCCCAUCAGCAAGAACGAGAAGGACAAGUACCUGGACGUCUGCCCCGUCUCGGCCCGCCAGCUCGAGGGCGUGGACACCCAGGGGACUAACCGGGUGCUGUCCGAGAGGCGCUCAGAGCAGCGGCGUCUGCUGAGCGCCAUCGGUACGUCCGCCAUCAUGGAUAGCGAUCUGCUCAAGCUCAACCAGCUCAAGUUCCGGAAGAAGAAGCUGCGGUUCGGGCGGAGCCGGAUCCACGAGUGGGGCCUCUUUGCCAUGGAGCCUAUCGCCGCCGACGAGAUGGUCAUCGAAUACGUGGGGCAGAACAUCCGCCAGAUGGUGGCCGACAUGCGGGAGAAGCGCUACGUGGAGGAGGGCAUCGGCAGCAGCUACCUGUUCCGCGUGGAUCACGACACCAUCAUCGACGCCACCAAGUGCGGGAACCUGGCGCGGUUCAUCAACCACUGCUGCACGCCCAACUGUUACGCCAAGGUGAUCACCAUCGAGGCCCAGAAAAAGAUCGUCAUCUAUUCGAAGCAGCCGAUCGGGGUGGACGAGGAGAUCACCUACGACUACAAGUUCCCCUUGGAGGACAACAAGAUCCCCUGUCUGUGUGGCACCGAGAGCUGCCGGGGCUCCCUCAACUGAGAGCCUGGGGGCCAACCCGCCCCCCUCCUCCCCCCUCCCGCCCCCUCCCCCUAUUUAUUCCCCCACGGCGGCGAGGGAAAGAGCACUUGGCAUUAAACCACUGGGGUCUCUGGCUCAAGGGGUCGGACCUCCGUUAGGCGCCGAGGGCCUCCCUCCCCUUCCCCCAAGGGACUCCGUUCCCUGCCCCCCACCUGGCGGCCUUAGGUGCUCAGCUCCGACUUCCUGGGAUUGCCGGGGACCCCUCCCCGCCCCACCCUCCGCCCCCCAGCAGGGUUUCUCAGGGGAGGGGAGGGAGGGAAAGACACCCCAUGUUUCGGAACAUGGAAGGAAGAGGGGGUGUCGGGGCUAGACACCCAAAGCGAGCAGGAGCCAUUGUUUCCUCCCCCUCCAGAGGGGACGAGAUCGUCCCUUCCCCCCCCUCCCGCCCCAAAGUCCUGGGGGUUGGAGGGAGCGAGAGGGACCUGUCCAUCCGGGUCUGCUCCUGAUCUCUGACAGGCAGGGUUCUGCCUCCUCCCCCGCCCAUUUUUUUUUUCUUUGCGGAGAAGAAGCUGUAAAUGUUUUUGUAGCCGUGAGCGGCUGUUUCCUGUGGAAACCUGGGGUGCCGGCCUGUACAGAUGUUCUUGGGGGCGGGGGGGCGUUUCCCUCCCGCCCCCCCCCCCUUUACGUUGUUCCCUUCCGCACCCCUUUUCUCCCUUCUUCCUUCCCUCUCUGCCUUCACCAGUCGGAGGGGAAGUCUGAGGUGGACAGAGCCACGGUCUCCUCCUUCCCCAUCCGGGAGCCGGGAAGCCACGGGGUCCUCCCGCGCCGGGGAAACGGGCUGUCCCGUCUGUAGCCUGGCCUGCGGGCCCCGGCCCCUGGCUCCCGGCGAAAGACGGGGGUGGGCUAGGCCCCCGACCGAGGGUUCCCUGAUCCUGGCGUUCAGAUCAGCUCCUCCCCGAAGCCGGAAGGUCGUCUAAUAUCUCAGAUGGGAACCUGUAGCAGCAUUCGUCCCUUUUGGCGCCCCCCCCUCCCCCCCCCGGCCCCGCUUCCGAGUUGAUCCCCCACCUCGCUCCCCUCCAGCCUGGUGGUUUCUGCGGGUCUGGGGCCAGAGGGACCCAUUCUGCUCUGCCCUCAGCUUCAUCACCCUCCCGCCCCAGGCUUCUCACAGAACCAUCUUGGGCCCCGGAGGGCAGGGAGGAGGCAGAGGACCCCGUCUGGUCGCCCAUUCCCCCCCACCCCCUACCCCACCCCAUCCCCUGUUUGCUUGGACUGUAUAUAUGUUAAUAGCGUGGACGCCUUGGGCCCGUUGCCACAUUUUUAUAAUUGUCAUUAAACUUUUAUUGUACAAAAGA